CUGCCACUACGACGAUGAAGGCACAGUAUAUGAUAUGGAUGAUACGGCGUGAAGCUCCUCUGCAGGGGGCAUAGACAAGCACAGCAGCGGCACGAGAGAGCUUAUUUGCCAGGAGGGUUUCUCGUGGGGAGGCGGAGAGAAGGAGCAGAGCCAGCAACUAGAGGAGAGCGGAGCCCCCUCUGAAUAUUGUCGGUGUUUUUUGCUGACGCAAGAUUAGCGUAGACGGGUACAUCACAAGAUUGAGCAGGUGGGUUGGCAAGAACUGAGCAGUGGGCCAGGAAGUUUUUGAGCUCUAGUCAGGAGCGGUGGCGGUGGUUCUGGUGUUUUUCCGAAGCCCCGACACGCAAUGUAGUCGUACUUCGGACGCACUCGUUGGAUCAGCGUUGAAGCCACUCACAGCACAUGUUGAAUAUUGUGAUUCGGGUAUCUGAAUAACAGCGUGAGGUUUGCUGCCUUCUGAGCCUGGUACAAGUGCCUGAUACAGUUACAGUACGCCAUCGGCUGUGGGUCCGUUCAUUGUUGGAGGGCCUCCCGAUUUUCUCUGAUCUGUCUCUUGGAUUUUGGGGUGGAGUUUUUUUUAGACAGGAGCAGUUUGAUGUUAGCUUCCGAUCAUCGAAAUCGGAGAGAAGUCAAAUUUCUGGCAACGAUUCAAGUAACAAGUGCUGCAUUGAGUGGCAUUUCGGAUCACCUAACUUACUUCGGAGGAGGGGAAUGGAAAUGAAAGACAUGGAGAUGCCAACAAUAAUAAAGGCUAUGGAAUUGGAGCUCAAUGAUAUUGAGAUAAUGGGAGAUGAACAAUUUCAUAAAAAUCAAUGCAAGAAUUUAGUAGAAAACUUUAAAAAAGGCUUGCAAGGAGUUGAAGCUAUAGUUGGAGUACAUGUGCACACAUUGCAACCAAUAUUGGAGGACUUCUCUCAAAUUAUUGUGAAAGUAAAGUGGCUGAUAAAAAAUUGUUCAAAAAAUUGGAAGAAAGUGAUAUUGAUGCAAAGAUGUAGUCAAGAGACAUUUAGGGAAUUGCUCUUGGAAUUGCAAUGGUUUUACAAUAUGAUUUAUGAAGUUGUUUUCAAAAGAGGAUUAUGUCAAAAGUUGGAGGUUAAUGGAUGUAACAAAUUUGAACCAUGUGGUUUAAAAGAUGUUGCAGAUGAUGAAAGAUUAUUAUUUCAAAAGUUAAAAAAUAUGGUUGAUAGUGUACCUAAUGAUUCAAGUACUUUCAAAUUGAUCAACUAUAUACUAGAAUGGCAAUCUUGCAUUCAAAAGUUUGAAUGCGGAGCAGAAGAGUUUAUGUCUUUUCCUACAAAUUUUGCUGAACCAAAUUAUAAAGAAAAGUUGUAUGAAAGUAUGGGAGUGGUAGUAUAUGUGACAACAUGGUUGGACUUUGAAAGUAUUACAAAGAUUAUUACAUUUGGAAGUGUUGAAGCAAAAGUUAGACUUGAAAAAGAAGCACAUAUUUUAUCAUGUUUGAAUCAUCCAAAUAUUAUUAAGGUGUUUUAUUGUGCCAUUAAAGUUAAUUCAAACCACAGAGGAGAAAUUAUAAUUGGUAUGGAAAAAGGUGAUAUGAGCUUGUUUAAAUUAUUAUGUGACAAUCAAUCUUUGAAGAUGUCUUUUCUACACAAAAUUGAUGUAAUGAUUCAAAUUGCUAAUGCAAUGCUUUACCUUCAUGACAUGAAGAUGGCUCAUCAUGGUUUAAAGCCUCAAAAUGUUGUAAUUGUGAAUUUUGAUAUGGACAAAAUAAAAAAAAAUAGUUUCAUACAUGUAAAAUUGAUAGAUUUUGGAAUAUCUAAAGUGGAAGUAAAUGGUGAUGAAAGACCAACAAAUCAAGGAAUAUAUGGAAUACCUCAUUACAUUGCUCCUAAAGUAAGAUAUCCUAUAAACCAAGUUAAUUCAUUCAAAGCGGACGUUUUUAGUUUUGGAAUUCUUUGUUGUGAUAUUUUGACAAGUGUUGCAAACAAAUGGGACUAUAGAGACUCUUCUAUUUAUGUAAAGAAGAGAUUAAAAAGCUUAUGCAAAUUUGAUCAUAGACUUCAAUUAAUGAUUAAAGAAUGUUUAGAUAUAAGAUAUCCUUCAAAAAGACCUUCAUUUCUAGAAAUUGUGAAGAGCUUGAUGGAAGUGAAGAAAUAUUUUCUUGAAGAUGAACUUAUAAAGAAUGAAAAGAUGAUAUUCAAUUCCAAUAUAUCAAUUGGAAAGAAUCUUGUGCGACAUUUACAAGAUUGGAUCAUAAAUAUUUAUAAGUUGCCUAAACAUAGAUGCAUAAGUAAUAAUGAAAUGAGUAAUGAGUAUAUAAAUAUAUCUAAUGAUACACCAUAUAUUUAUGAUUCAAAUAUUGACAAGUAUUUAAAAAAGAAAAAUAAAUAUUCAAGUCUUCAAUUAAAGUUUUUGGAAUUGAAGAAGCUACUUCUUAAAAACAACAUGGUAGGUAUAGUUGGUAUGGCUGGCAUAGGUAAAUCUACAUUGGUGAAGGCUUUUAAAGAACACAUUGAGAAAAAAUGAUGAAACAAAACAAUGUUUUUGUCAAAUGAAAACAAUAAUAUAAAAAAAACUUUUUUUAGUAACACAACUUUUUUACAAGGUACAAUCCUUUGGAAUCUAAAAAAUGAUUAUUUAACAAAGUUAAAUACAACUUUACAAGUUUGAGACAACAAAAUCAAAGCCAUGAAUCUUGAAGAAGGUAAACAAUUAUUAAUUGAAAAACUUCAACAAAAAAGACUUCUUAUCAUCUUUGAUGAUGUUUUAAAUCAUGAAGAUAUGAAAAAAGUAGUGGAUAUUACAAUGAUAAGUGUAAGAAAAAGUAAAUUUAUAGUCACGAGUCAUGAAUGGAAUAUAUUGAAAAAAUUUUUAAGUGAAUCAAGCAAAAUAGAAUUAAGUUUACUUAAUGAGAGUUCAAGUAUGGAAAUAUUUUUUAAGCAUGCUUUUAAGGAUGGACCCUUCUAUAUGCCACAUUUAUAUGAAUUUUCUAAAGAAGUAAUCAAUGCUUGUGCUGGAUAUCCUUUGAAUUUAGAAAUUGUUGAUUCUUCUUUAAAAGGACAAACAAGACUUCGUGUGUGGGAGCAGGCUUUGCAAAGAUUAAAAAGAGCUAGUACAUAUUUGGAUAAUAAAGAUCUUUUGGCAAUGAUAAGGCCUAGUUUUGAUGACCUUAGAGAUGAAGAAAAGAUAAUAUUUUUGGAUUUAACAUGUUUUUUUAGUAAAGAUGUAUGGAUUGAGGACAUUAAUCAAGAUACAUUUUUCCAAUUUUAUGAAUAUGAGUUUGAAAACUGUGAAAAAAUAAUCACAUCUUUAAAAGAUAAGUCAUUUAUCAAAGUAGACAAAUUUAGAAUGAUAACCAUUCAUGACUUGUUACAAGACAUGGGUCGUAAGAUUUCUAGAGAAGAAUUCAAGGAUGUUCGAAAAUGGAAUGAGAAUUGUACAUUAUUUGCCAAUUUUGAAUCAAAGGAUGUGAGAAUUUGGAAGAAAUACCUAUGGGAUUGAAGCAUCUCUCAUCUUUGCAAAGAUUAUCAUUUGAAGAUUGUACAAAGUUAAUGAUUAAAGGUGAUACCUUUAAUGCAUUGACAUCUUUGACACACUUAGAUUUGAGCGGUUGUGUUAAAUUGGAAAAAAUAGACAACGA